CUGUACAUACCAUUUAUUUAUUUUUCAAUUUUUGUCUCUAUUUUGCAUUGACAUACGUGUACAUAUGUGUAUAUUUGUUAUUCUCAUCUUAUUUUUAUUGUCUGUGUGUUGUCUCCGUGUACUGAACACUAAAACAAAUCCAUUUGAAUGAGCAAAAGGAACAUAAUUUGGCAUUAACGUUCUUUCUUACUCUGAUACAGUACAAUACAGAAAUACUGGCUAAUGAAUAAUGACGUCCCUUCAUGCUUAAAAAAGACAGACGCGCGUUAUUGACGUCACUUUCCAGCGCCCUAGCGCGACCGUUUGGCUUGAGAAACACAACGCGAUAAACCAUCGGUGUUGAACACUUUUGCGGCGUUUAGUUUUAUACCGUCUGGAGUCUGCAUUGUGUAAGGGUCACCAUGCCAGAGGAAGAUGAUUUGAUGCCGGUUUUGAGUUCCCAGCAGAUCCACAGCGAUGGGUUUGUUCUUCCGGAUGGAGUCUGCUGGAUCUCUGUACUGUCCUGUUUACUGCUCGCCUGCUCUUAUGUCGGAAGUUUAUACGUCUGGAAAAGUGACUUGCCGAGGGACCAUCCAUCAGUGAUAAAGAGGCGUUUCACUAGUGUGCUGAUUGUGUCAGCUUUAUCUCCACUCUUUGUAUGGGGAUGGAAAGAGUUCACAGGCAUUCAGCCUACUCCAUCCUUAUUAGCUCUCAUGGGAAUCCGAUUUGAGGGCCUCAUUCCUGCUGUCAUUCUUCCUCUCAUACUGACCAUGGUACUGUUUCUGGGUCCUCUUAUCCAGCUGGCCAUGGACUGCCCUUGGGGCUUUAUUGAUGGAAUCAAAGUUGCUGUUGAUCCUUGCUUCUGGGCGUUAUGUCUGAGUGACAUGCGCUGGCUACGGAAUCAGGUGGUGGCACCGCUAACAGAGGAGUUGGUGUUCCGUGCCUGUAUGCUACCCAUGCUGGUGCCCUGCGCUGGUCCCUCCACCGCCAUCUUCACAUGCCCACUUUUCUUUGGUGUAGCACAUUUUCACCAUGUUAUUGAGCUCCUGCGCUUCAGACAAGGGACCAUCUCAGGAAUUUUUCUUUCUGCAGUGUUCCAGUUCUCAUAUACAGCAGUAUUUGGAGCUUACACUGCGUUCAUUUUUCUCAGAACAGGUCACUUGGUAGGCCCUGUGCUGUGUCACUCAUUCUGUAACUACAUGGGGUUUCCUGCAUUGAGUGCAGCAAUGGAACAUCCACAUCGCCUUAGUGUUUUGUCCUUCUAUGUGCUGGGAGUGUUACUCUUCCUGCUGUUGCUCUUUCCUAUGACUGACCCAGUGUUCUAUGGCUGGCCCACACCCGUCUGCACUCUUGCCUCCUCACUCGGUUCCCUCUGCUCUUAAUUUGACACAUUCCACGUUGUCCAGCUCUUCUUAAGGACUCAUGCUCUUUCGUACCCAAGAGGUCACCAGAGUCACCAGGUUGUGCGUUGUAAUGAGGAUUACAAGGGUCCCAUGGAAAAGGUAUGAACUCUCCCACAAUGUAUCUGUGGGCAAUUUGCACAAAGAUUGUGUACUCACUAGAUCACCAGAAUUGCUCUUCGUGCAUGGAUCACACCAAUAAAGUCAAUAAGCCAGACUCUGGAAGAGUUUAGCGAAGACGGGUAUUUAUACAUUGCUGCAUGUUCAUCAUGUUUUUAAUAUAUGAUAAUAUAUUUUGAUUUGGGUCUAUUUGGAAAGAAUGUUUUUCUUAUUUUUUUGUUCCACUAAGAAGGGUUAUACACUGUAUGUUGCAUCACCACAAGAGGAUGCAAGACUUCUUUUUAUUAUUGAAUUCACUUUGCUCAAAUUAACACAAGCUGCUUUGUCUGGUGCUAGUACUUAAAGAACAGUGUUUAGAUCUGCCCUGAAGCCUUUAGUUUAACCCUGAACCCCUUAUAGCAGGAAUUGGCUCUUUAACAUGUGCAUUUCAAUGCAUUUCAUGGCUCACCCAAAUAUCACUUCAUAAAAGUUAAAUCUAGGGUUGUAAUUUCAAAAAUGAUUAAGUCUUAAGUCUCUUUCAUAGUUAGGAAUAGGCUUAUGGAUAGAUGUGCACGUAAUUGACCUCAUGCCGGACAGCUUAUGCCAUAUUAAUUAUAGUUCAAUGCACAAUAGAAAGCUGUUUAUAGAUUUAAAUCUACAUUAUCUGUUUUUGUUACUUUAAACAGAUAUUUGUAGAAUGUUCCAGCUUUCUGGACAAUGGCAUGUCAUCUGUAUGUGGAGAAUUUUAGUAGCAUAUGUGAAGUCAAUCGUUGCAUAUGUAACUGUGCUUUUAUGAAGUCUGGUUAACCUUUAGGGGUGUUAGGAAACAAAUGGAAGCCUCCUUGUUCGCCAUAGUAGUCAUGUUAUUCCCUUCUGAGCAAUGUCCCAUUUUGAGAACCACAACCAUGAGUUGACCUGGAAUCAGCAGUGAUCUACCUGAACCUUAUCACACCAUUGCCAGAUCUAGGCUAUCACUUUUAGCUUAGUCACUAUUGCAGAACUGAGGGCUGUGAUUCAUGAGUGGGCUUUCCUUUGGAGAUUUUAUACAAGACCAAGAGAGCUUCUCAACCUUUUGCCACUGUGAUGGUUCAUACUGCUGACCUUCACAUAUAUCUGAAUGGACCGACAUAUGGAAUUGACUCAGAGUCAGAUGUGGGCUGUAAUUCCAGCUUGUUGAUGUUACAACAGGGGGCCACAGCCUCCCUGUUAUAAUGCGGCAUCACACUGCUAGCAGGCUGUGGAAAACAUUGCUCUCAUGGGGACAGUUUCUGUUAAAAUUACCCUGCGACACCAGCAAUCAAAUGCUUGAAUAGCUAUCUCUGAGACAAGGAAGAUUGUCCAUGGUACAUGGAUCUAGCUGUUGGCCUAUAACCUACUUCUGAAAUAUCUAUUACUCCACAAAGCCUAGAUAGAAAUCUCUCACAGUAAGCAUGCAAAAAUGGCCUUUUUAACUGAAAAUGCCAUUUAAAUCCUAGGUACAUAAGCUUUAGGAUACACUAGUUUGAUGUUUGUUGGUGUCCAGUAAUAAAGCAUCCCAUUGUUGGCCCUAUUUUACUGUUGUGCUUCACAAAUCCCUUUGGUAAGGAUGCAUUAGAUAGAUGAGGAGCACAUGGAUCUCCCUGCCGAAGGUUGAUGGAAGGCAGGGGUUUUCUUUGUGGCCAUUGGAACACCUGCACUGCAAAACGCCCUGGAUAGAAGUGCACAGGUUUAGAAAUCUUGAAUUAUUAUGGCCAUAUGGAAUAUUUGUCUGGCAUACACAAUGAGGUGUUUCACACCACCCCUAGAGGAUAGAAGGAGUAAUAUGAGACCACUUUCGUGUUUUACAUAAGGAAAGAAAUUAUUGCUGUGACCCUCAACAACCUUUAAUAUUGAGUUUAUACUAGGUUUUGAAGAUCAAGCCAUCGAAAUGACAAUAAUGACAAGUUUUUCAUUAUGGUCAAACUUCUAAAUAUUGGUUUAUUAUAUUAUGCAUGAUUGAUUUCUAUAAACAGUUUUACAAUGACCACUACUCUGUAUGCUGCUACACUGCUAGCCUGUGGAUUUUUGUCAUUGUACUCAAACUGGCACACAUCAUUUCUUAUCUGCAUGAAACUGAUCUGAUGCAGAAACUUGUCACAUAUGGUUCGUAGCUCAGCAUAGAUAGAAACAGACUUGCAAUGCACAUUUGUUCAGAUCUUAUGUGUAAUGCUGAUAUUUUGCCCUCUACAUGUUAAAUCUCACUAGGAAUCAAUCUGUUUUAGAUUUUUUUUUUUUUUAAUUCACAAAAUAUUUUUAAUUGUUACUUUUGGAAAUAACUGAAUCGAUAUAUAGACUUGCUCAUACUUAUUCCAUUAAUAGAAACUCUUCAAACAGGUGCUAUCAUAUUAUUAGACUAUUAUUAUGCUGUGAAGUGUGAAGUUAUUACUGUUGUGUAUGUCAAACGAUUCAAAUGAAACUUCUAGCAAUAAUAAUAGAUGUGACCAAAUCAGGGAUUUACAUGUAAUACAUACAUAUUUAGCUUUUAUUAGCUCCUGCUGGAUCAUUUUCAAGAAAUGUGCCAUAGCGAUUUUGAUUAAAAUCGUUAAAUGCUUGGCAUAACAAGUUGUUUGAUAUAUGUAUCAUCAAUAACUGACAUGUUUACAGAGAAACAGAUUGCUUGCAAAUGCUGCUCUGCCUAAUUGCUAUUCUGAUUAUCAGGUCAAAUGCUGCUUUUUGCUGUAUAGGUCUCAGUCAGAGCUUUAUCACAUACUGCUUAUGUGAUAUUAAAGAGCAUAGAGCUAUUAUUUAUGCUCUGCUCAUGUUACUUCCUAGAGUAAAGUCCUAGAAGUUAGAUGAGGUUUUUUUUCCCCCCAUGUUUUUUUUUUUAAAUGAUUAUUCUUUUUUUUACCCUGUCAUUAAUCUAAAUUAUUAUUAUUAUUAUUUUUAAUUACAACCUAAAAUAUACAGAGACUUCUGUUAGUAGAACAGUAACACAUUUAUAGAAACUUAUGUUUUGUCUGCUCACUCCUAGUAAAAAUAGGGGGAGAUGCGACGAUUUCCUGUAGAAAUGAAUCGUUUUGUUCUGAAGUACUUUUGUCUAAGCUCAGCGUGUAUGAGGCAUGUUUUUUGUGGCAUGAUCUUAAGCUCUCUUUAAUGUUGGAAAACCGACUGUUCUUUAACCGAUGUAGCUUUUUGGGAUGGGAUGUUUCUGAACUUCUGUCAAAAGCAGUCGCAUAGUCUUAUAUUGAUUUGAAAACUUUGAAAAGUAUGUUCUUUCCUUUCAUUAAUGUCCACUGCUCAUUCACUCUCUGUUUUUUUCUCUCUUUGCUUUGGCUGUCAGCUUUUAAAAAGUGAUUUGUGAGCCAGACAUUUACUUCUGAAGAUCUGAAUCUUCACUUGAGCAGAGAUGCUUUUAAUAUACACUCAUGAACAGGAGGAGCAAUAGACAUUAGAAUUUAUUUUUUCAAAUACACACCGCUGUAUUUCAGUAGGAUAACAUUAAGCAGGGUUUGCAUUGAGGAACACUGCUGUACAAAUGUGCUGUUUUAUAACAAGACUUUUAAUUACCAAGAGUUCAUAUGUUUAUACUGAGGACUAUAGUUUUUUUAAUCAAAUGUAUUUUGGUGUCACAUGGAGGGUUAAUGUACAUGCAGGAUGUUUUUAAACUAAGGCCAUGUGCAAUGCAGUUGACACACUGAAGGACAAAUAUUUUUUGACAAUCUUUUCUGGGGGGUGUCUUUUAAAUCACUCAUCAAUAAACUGUUGUUUGAAAAUAAACUUAAAAUGGUUAAACACUC